UAUUAUUACUCAUCGCUUCCAGUUCCAGUUCAGCAAAAAUUCGCUUGUGCAUAAAUUGCGAAAAACAAGAAUUGUUUAUGUGGGAAUCGGCAGCAGCGGCGGAUGCGAAAACGACAACAACAGCGCUAGUGAAUGAAGUGAACGUGAAUUCCCAUACUUUCUCCCACUCUCGCGCGCACAAGUGUAGGUUUGCGAGCGUGUGUGUGCGCGACCUGGAACUACAGAUUGCACAUCCCCCCGCCCUUGAGACGCCUGGAACACCGGGGCUGCCAUCUGAAGCGGGUCUUCAGAAGCACAGAGUUCUAUAGUCGUAUUUAAACAAAGGAACAACCGCCCAUCGGGAGUUGCAGGAGCACCAACUUCGUCCACCCACCUCAUUGCUGCUGCUGCUGAUCACCUGGAUGCCCGGCUUCCACCUCAAUGAGAUGGGUGAAAUGGUCCUGGACGCCAUCGACGACAUCGGCGUGGUCGAUGUGUACGAUUUGGCUUCCGACAUCGGCAAGGAGUACGAGCGGAUCAUGGAUCGCUUUGGCACGGACGCCGUCAGCGGUCUGAUGCCCAAGAUCAUCAACACGCUGGAGCUACUGGAGGCGCUGGCCACGAAGAACGAGCGCGAGAAUGCCACCAUCCUGGAGCUGCGCGACAAGGUGGUCCAGCUGGAGAGUGAGAAGCUAGAGAAGGCGGAGUUCCGGCGGCGCUUCGACAAAGAGCUGGAGCUAAUCGAGGAGCAGUGGCGUAGCGAGACCAACGAGCUCGUCGACCUCGUCUCCUCGCUGCAGGACGAGAACAAGCGGCUGGUCAAGCAAACGCAGGACCUUCAGUCCUCCUCCGCGCAGAGCUCAGGGCUGGGGGCCAGUCUCACUGAGAGCAUCAUCAGUAUGACCAACCACGAGCUGCAUGGCGCCCUUUCGGACACCCAGGUGUUGCAGCGGCUCAAGGAGCAGAUAUACAAGCAGCGCGAUGAGUUGAAGCACCGCGAGCGAGAGCUGCAGGACAAGUACAGCGAGCUGGAGCACCUCAACAUCCAGGCGGAGCGUUUAAAGGCCUCCGAGCGAGACACGCGGCGCCGUCACAAGCUAAUGCAGGCACAGGUGAAGACACUCUGCGAGGAGCGCGCCGACUUUCUGGCCCAGCUGCAGGACCAGAGCCGCGAUAUCAAUCAGCUGCGCAAGCGUCUUGGCCUGGCCGAAAAGGAAAACGAGGAUUUGGUGGCCUCGUACGACGAUGGCCAAAAUGAUCCGAAUCGGCCGCGAUACACCACGCGCGAGCUCAAGGAAUUGAUCAGCGAGCGCGACCAGCUGCUGACCACAAUCGACGGCCUUCAUGAACAACUGGCGGAGCUGAAGCCGCCCAGCCAGACGAAGGGCAAGCGGCAACGCCACUUUUCAAGCUCCGACGAAAGCGACGACGAAUAUGAUGGUCAUGAGCCAAAUGACGGCGACGACGACGAGGAGGAGGAGGACGAGCCACCAGCAGCCGGAGAGACGCCGCCUGGUCACGAUGCGCCCGUGCAGGGACCGCUGCCCUAUGAACCGGACGAUGCGCCCUGGAAGAAGAGUUCAGAGUCGGGAAUUCGCAAGUUUUUCCGGAAACUGUUCUCUGAUCCGUCGGACGGCAACCACACGUUCCCGAAACGUUCUUUGGCCACGCUCUCUAAGAUGGCGCUAUCGGCCACGCCCGGUUCCGUUUCCGCCUCCACAGCGGCGAAUUUAGGGAACUGCCUCUAUCUGACCCUAUCCCUCGCCAUUCACCUGCUCCGCCUGAGCUGUACAUACAUAGUUUACUUACUCGAUUGCUGCGCCCUCGUAAUUCUAAGUUGUUAUGCGAUUUUAUUUACGUAAUACGCGUUUUUGUUUAGUAACCCGUAACCGUAUUGAAUAUAACUGAAUUGGAUAUAUUUUGUACGAAUCCACUUUGUAUCUUUUUUACUCUCGAUUUAUUUUAACUUGAUUAACGACUACAUGUAAGACUCCAAACAUACCACAGUGCAUACAUGUGCCAGUGUUGCAAUUACUAGAACAAGAAUUGUGCAAAGAUUGCCAAGUGAGUUUUAAAUGAAUUUUGACAAAGACAAACGGGAAACAAAAAAUACAAGCAUUCCCCUAACUGUAGAAACAAUUGGAAACGAAUUCAAGAGGACUCUGGUUCUGGGACCCCAGAUUUUAGAGAGUGCAAGAAGAAUGAGAAGGUUUUACUUCAAUAGUAGUCUAACUAUCCCCUCUUUCUCCUUUGACCCCCGGCUAACACUAUCCCAUAGGAGUGUACAUCUGUUGAAAAGUAUUAAAGCAUUCUCAUAGCAGUUGCCCCAUGCGGCCUUAUAUAUAUUACUAAUUUAUCAAAAUACACUAACUUUAGAAAGGGAAAAUCAAAAAAAAAUAUAUAUAUAAUUGAUAUAUAAUUAGCAAACGUUACAACCUUAGCGCAUUGUUUGUUGAAUUGAAUUAAACUAACUAAACGACAGCAAAGUAAUCAUAUUAGAUUUCAUUGAUCGCAUUAGAGUGCACUAAGAUGCAACAAAAAAUUGAAAAUCUCCAAGUAAUCCGAUUCUCGGCCAGUCUAAAUCAAGUUUUACCAUAGCCUGACCAGUUCUCUCGAAUUAUUGUUACAGACUCAAUGUGAAUACGAAUCGCAAGUCAGUAAACUUUCAAAAAGUAGCAUAACGAACAGAUAUGUCCCCCAAGCCAUAUUCCAAAUGCUUCACUUUUUUGACCAGAGCUCUCAAGAAGAUCUUAGUCGAGCCUGAGCAGAUUCUAUUAUUCUAAUUUAUUAUGAACCCACUAUAAAGCUUAUGCAGAAAUCAAAUUAAAAGCACUACAAGGCAUACAUAUUUCUAGAAAAUUUGGCAAAAACCUAAUAUUUCAUAUUGAGGCUCGAGGUUCAAUCUCCGCUUGACUUACUUAACACUCUGUUCGUUCCCUUUGCACUCACAAAGCUCAAAGCGAGAAAAUUCCAGUUACAUAUCAGCUUUAUCAAUAGCAUCGAUUGAAAUGUGCCAAAGACUAAUUGUUCAGACCCAUUCACCCGACCCUGAACCUGCCCAUUCCUCUGUACCCACUCUCAAACAAUCUAUCUCGUUUCACUUACAACAAAUUGUGGCAACUGAACUUUUAUAUAUUUAAAUAUGAGCGUAACUGUUUCGAUAUAAAGAUGGACUAACAAACGAGUAUUAAGAUCGUUAGAUUGAAGACCACGAAGCAAAAAACGAUGAGAUGGAGGGACAUUGAGUAUUUGGUGAAUAAAUGUUAACUAAAUUUAUAUACACAUAUACACAUGCAUUAUACUAUGUAAUACGUUAUACGGAACUAUGACUAACCAAAAAUAAGACAACCAUUAUACAAAAUUAAAAGCGUACUAGGGUGUCACUAGGACUUCGGGAGCAACCGGACAACGCCUGAGGAUCGGAGUGAAGAUGAGAAAACAACGACUCCGCAUAUCCUUCGACCCCUGUACGUACAUACAUAAAAUUUAUGAGUGGCUCUUUCCGUGAGAAACCAUCAAAAUAAAACUUAUAAACCAUUGA